AUUCGAUUGGCCAAUGGAAAAUGCCCGGAUGACUUUAUAUCCAUGUUUUUAGAGAAGAAGUGCUAUGGAGAAUGUUUCUAGGUCCUGAUGUUUAUUGACGAUUGCAUUUUUCCACAGGGAAAAGUGUACUCUGUUCCUUAUAACAUGGUUGGUAAAGACCUGGAUGAGUUAUACUUAGAAUUUGGGACACUGAGCCCUCACCAAAGAAUAGACAUAGUAUGUGGAAUGCUUGAAAUGUGUUUAGGCCCCGAGCUUCGAUUUAUCGGCUCUGUGGUCGAAGAUUUGUGUAAAAAAGACUAUAUAUAUCUCAGAGAACAGGAAAAUAAAGCAAACAAACCAGAAGAAUUAGAAUCCUUAAAACAGAAUUCGACAGAUAUAAGGAAUUUACAGCAUGCAAUGGCGAUGAAUCUGGCCUUGCUUCACACAGACAACACACACUGUGCCAGUAUAGUUUUUGAUAUCUUGGAAAAUAAUCUAAAACGAGCUUUCUCAGUAACGCCGUCAACCGAAAAAGACAGCGUUGAUAUAAUCCUGCUGGUGUUGUCAAUGGCUGUGAGGCACCCAGCAUUCUCAUUUCAUCAAAGAACCAAGUUGUGUAAUUAUUAUGUAUGUGUUAAACAGCAGUUGGAAAGUGUGUUGUGCAAGGUUGAUCAUGAAUCACGUCCAGAAAACCCAUCUGAGCCGAGAGGCAAGCAGGAAGCAGAUCAUAUAUGCAAUCUGGAUGUGGUUAAGGCAGACAAGAGUCAUAGACAUGAAAGAAGGAGAGAGUAUAGAAUACAAGUAACAUGGCAAGACAAUAAAAAAACAGAGGUGCUUAAAACCUAUCAGGACUUCAAAGAAUUUCAUUCGAAGCUGGUGAAGCAGUUUCCAGAGGAAGCUAAUUUACCUAAACAGGACAGAAAGUUGCCAUUUUUCUCAGGAAGCCCAGGUACCGGUGUAUCUAAGGAAGAUGAGCAGACCAUAGCACAAUACACAAAACUUCUACUUCAGAUGCCAAAGACUAUCUUAAGUAGUGAACUGGUAGUGAAUUUUUUCAAAGGAGAUGGUGUUCCAAAGUCUCUGACAGCAAAGUCAUCUACCCCAGUGAAUAAUAUCCCCGUCUCAAGUGAAUCUGAUGUGAUACCAUACCAAUCUGCCCAAGUCUUCAACACCCAUAGCCAUAGCCCUCCUGCAACACAGCCAAUGGAAACUUUGGCUCCGUAUCCUAGUAAUUACAUUAUUACUCAGAGACCUCCCCCUGUGUCGCCCAGUCAUUCCCCACAGCUUAUCAGCCGCUCCCCCCUGUCUGACAGUCGCUCAAACUCCCCCGAAGAACAGGAAGUAACGAGUCUGAUGAAUAAAGUCAACAUCAGUCAGAACUGCAGUGAGAAAGCUCCACCCAUAAAGAAUUGGAGCUGUGAAGAAACUGAGUCCUUAUCAUUGACACCAGAACAGGCAGCUAAAAUCCGGGCAAAUCUGGCAUUAAACAAAGACAAAGUUAACAAUGGUUAUAUUGAUCACUUAGUGGUCACCUCUGGUGGUCAGCAGAUACCACCAGGGUGGAAUCCAACCAUGAUCCAGCCACCAUUCCAAGGGAUGCCCCACCACCCAGUACAUGUACUGGCCCCUCAUCAGUAUGUACUCCCAGCUAGUCAGACCUCGACACGUGACAGCUCCCCCACUGGGUCUGACUACUCCAGCCCUCUACCCAGUCCACUACUGAAAAAGAAAACUCUGACCACUAAAGAGACAGACAGCUCCUCAGAGGACAACGAGAAAGAGAAGAGUCAUAGAAAUGGUUCUCCACAUGUUCGUAAACUUAACAAGACGGCAUCAGGAGAUGGAUAUUAUCAGGAUGGAUAUGAUGUUGGAGGACUGGCCACACUCACUGGAGGGGGUUAUCAGUCAGAUCCCUCCCCCUCAGGAUACUACCCUGUGAUAAACAUGCCUCCACGCACCCUCAAGGCCCAGCCAGCACAUACUAGCAAAACGAUCCCACCGAAUAAUAUCAUUAGCAUGCCAUUGGACAGUCUUUAUGGAAAAAGAGGCCAAGUUAUUCCACUGGGAAUGGCACCUCCCAUUCCAAGAACAGAGGCCCCCACAAUAACUUCUACAUCAAAUGUUACCUCAGUGACUAGUAAUCUUGACAAUAUAGGGAAACCACGCAUCAGUGUUUAUUCAUAUCCACAACUGCGUCCUGUGGCUGCCCCGCGAACAUUUGUGUGCUCGGUGACUAAUUCCACCUCAGUGACCAUGUCUAACAGCAUCACCUCUCCCAUGGCUAUCAACGGAUUAAAGUCACAGAUGACCCACUCAUUCUCGGAGUCCUCCAUCAACAAUCCCCAUGCCCUAGAACAAACCAUACCCCCCUUGCCUACACAGCCCCAGAGCACUCCAACAUCCACCCCAAAUAUGCAGCUUCCACCAUCAUCAACUCAUUCGACCUGCUCCAACUGUGGGUGCCCAGGCCACUCAGGAAACCCAUCAUAUCCUUAUGCUCACUUCAUACCUAGUCACAUGUUCCAUGGUCAGCAUUUGUGGCCGUUAUCAGCACUUCCCAUGACACCAUCAUCAAAUGGACUUAUCUCCCCUCAUUUCAUUCCACCUGCGUAUCACCACUUCCAGCACUUUCCGAAUCUGAAUGGUCUGACACCUCAGGAGUACCUGUUGAACAACCACCAUCAAAAUUUUGUUCACAACCCAGGUCCACCCCUGUCUGGCCCUACCAAUAAUGUUCCAGGACCAAUCAUCAACCAGGGCCUACAGAGGAGUAACAGUAUUAAAGAGCGGAAGGAGAAACCUCGGGUAGUCACGUGCUACAAUUGUGGAUCUCAUGAUCAUAUAGGCAAUGACUGUAGUGAGAGCUCUAUGGAAUCUAUAUUGGGUCAUUAUCACUUGAAUUAUGAACCAAAAGAGUGACCACAAGAAGUGAACUGUUGAAACCAAUUUUAUUGCCAUUUCCUGAGGCAGCCUCUUAACACUGAAGAGCGACAGCAUGGCGUUUCACUUCAAUAAACAUUGUCAAGCACCGUCACUGACAGGGAUUUCUCUGCACUACAGGAGAGAUGUUUUCCCUUACAGCACCAGAACAAUGAACAGUUCUAGCCUGCACGAUUGCUUUCUGACAUACCUAUCUGUGAGUGUAGAUGUGUCUAUAUAAAUAUCUGUCUCAUCAAAGAAUGAGGAAGAGUAUCAACAAAUGUUGAGGAAUGGCUCAUAGUCAAAACCCAGGAUGACACUUGGUGCACAUAUAAAGCUGAAAUGAAGAUUAAGAAGCAUUAGGUUUAUUUUACUAAGAUAUUGCCUUUGAAUGAGUUAUUUUUUGCCCUUGAGAAACAUAAGAUUCAGGUGAAAUAACAUUUUGUUUCCAAGCUAACAGCCUACAUGGUGAGGAACUGUUAACUCUGGUUGUUGUUUCACCAGAUUUUAUGAUAUAAAGUAUUUAUUUUCUAAGACACAAGUGAUAAAUUUCAGCUUCAUUGACAAUUCCCAUGCAGCUAUUUCAGAAGUUUCUGAUCUCAUUGGUUUUCAUCUGUGAAGACUCUAAAUAAUACCAGACAAAGCGGACAUCAACUCAGUUACAUAGAAGUGCUGAUUCAUUUUCAUAAGAAAAUAUUGAUAUCAUUACAUGUAGCUUAUUUUUUGAACAGAUAAAUAAUAUGGCUAUUUUUUGUGAAAUACACCUUUAAAAAAUGUUGAAAAUGGACUGAGAAAUUGUUACUGCAACUUUAAUUAGGAAUCAGUGAAAUCACAAUCUGUACAUAAAAUUGUGUCAUUUUAUUCAUAUCAUUGUAUUAAACGGGGUUUUUAUUAUUGAAUAUUGUGUAAACAUAUUGAGACUUUCUACUUGAGUGUAACUAGUUUGUACCUUUUAAAUUUUGAUAGUCAUUCAUACCAUUUUGUGCUUCUGAUAGCAUUUACAGAAUAUUUUUAUGUUGGAUGUUAUAUUUAUGUUUAUAUGUUUGAGUACUGAAAGUGUUUAACUAUAAAGUUCUUCUUAGAGAAAAAAAAAACAAGCUUUUAUGAGUUGAGCAUUUGGCUUUUGUUGUAAUUUUGCAAGCUUUUACUGUUACAUUGUUUGUAUUGUGGGCUCUAUUUCAGGUAU